UUACUCUAUGUUCCUUUUUGGUACCAAGUGAAUUUUGGCAAAAUGUCAUUGGUGCUUCUUUCCAAUAAUUCUUGUUAAUAAAAUGGAAUGGGUUAAAACUGCUGCUACUACUACUACUACUAUUAUAUUAUAAUCAACAAUAUUUUAGGUGACAAUGGAACGAACAUGGAGAAAAUCAAUAGACGGAUGGAAGAGAAAGAUAUUUCCAGGAAAGAGAAAGAAGAGAAUGAGGGAGAAGCCACAAGAAGUGCAAUUAAUGCUUCAGGAGACAGUGGAACGAACGUGGAGAAAAUCAGUAGAUGGAUGGAAGAGAAAGAUAUUUCCAGGAAAGAGAAAGAAAAGAAUGAUGGAGAAGCCACAAGAAGUGCAAUUAAUAAUUCAGGUACUGUAACUCACAAGAAGUUGAAUGUUAUUGUAAAGUGUAUGGGAUACAAAUAUCAUGGGUUUGUGGAUUGGAUGAUUGCAAUUAUUGCAUCUUUUACAUUCACACAAUAAAGGACUACAGAUGAUGCAGCGCUACUGCAAUUCUACAC